AUGAGAUCGUUCUUCGGGAUUCUGGCAAUCUCUCUUCUUGUGCUCAACUCCGCGUCGGCCAGUCCGAUCCGAUCGAAACGGAUGCCCAUCUCGGAAGUCAUCCAAUUUGUGAACGGAGUCAACGAGGCGCGGAGACAGGCGGCCAAGUCAUUGAAUGUUGCGAAUGUCUGGAAAAUGGUUUGAGGUGUGAAUGUAACAUUUGGGCAAUAUUAUCAAUUUCCAGCAAUGGAAUGACGUGCUCGACACGAAGGUGCAGGCGAUCGCGUCGAGUUGCUCGGACAUUGCGAGUAUCCGCGUGGGCAGCGACUACCGCUACAUGAAAUUGGAGGGUACGGACAUGAGCGCACAGGCAGCCCAGCUCGAGAUGCUCGGAAAGAUUUCGGAGCAGAGCGAAGAGGCCAGAAAGGCCGCACUGAAGCACAUCGACGAGAAUCCGGGCUCGGUGAUCGAGCUCGGCAUUCCGGAACAGUCGAGUUUCGCGUGCGUCGAGUACAAUUGCGGCCAGCAGAGUCUGCUGUGUCUUAUUGGGCCCGAGUGAGUGUCUAAAAGGUGCUGGAACUGAGCAAACGUGUGUUCAGAAGCUCGCUGAUCAACACGGACGUCAAACGGGGAAUCGCCGGGACCGAGUGCUGGAGCGGCAAAAGCGAAGACGGACUAUGCAUUCAGUGA